AUGCAGCUCACCACCGUUGUCAUCUAUGCAGCUGCUUUGGCCAGCACCGCCCUGGCAAUGCCUCACCUCGCCGGGCCUUACCAUGGCACCCACAUCCCCUAUCGCCUCCCAACCAAUGCUACUACCGCUCAAAAUGCCACUACUACAGGCACUGGUGCCAAAGCACCCCUCACGACUGGAUCGGCUAAGAACGCAACUACGAAUCAUGGCCCUGUAGUUCACCACGCAAUGAACCACGUCAAUGUCAACCAUUGCCACGAACUCUGUUCCUUGCAGUCGCAAACUUGCUCACUUGCUGUACCCGAUGAUGAUAAGUUCUGUUGGUCGGUCUACCAGCGGUGCAACGAGAAGUGCCAUGUCGAAAACUUCCGCAGGAUUUGA